CUAGAAAAGUCUUAGGAUGUUGCUCCGUCGAAGACCCUUCAAAACAAAAAUUGAAAUAAGACAGGUAGGACAAGAGACGGCAAACCUGGAUGUGGUCAUUGCCUGCAUGUCUUGAUUGACCCAUCAGUUGAUCUACUAAUUAUCAAGGACUAGCAGAAGAGAGAGCACAAUUAUUGUCUUUCUCAUCCAUACUUGAAGAAGAAAUUGGUUGGUGACCCCAGUUUCCGCGUUAUUUGCUGUAUCCCACUAAGCAGCUCAUAGCAAUAUUUAUUUUCAGACACAAACUAUCUCUUCUUCUUUAGAAGAAAAGAGAAGAAGAAGACAUUAAUAAUCCAAAGAGGUAGAUAGAUAUAUCGAAUUGAAGAAAGAAGGAAAGGUUGAAUCUUUACAAGGGAGAUGGGGUUGAAUCAGUGUUUUUCAUUUGUCUUCUUCAUCUUUCUCUUGAUGGGUCUCUUUGCUUCUCCUUCUUUUGCAUCUACUUUCAUUUCAGAUGGUGUCUUUGAAUCUCAUGCUUCUACUGGCAGGAAUCUACUUCAGACUAAGAAAGCUUGCCCUGUAAACUUUGAGUUUCUGAACUAUACAAUCAUCACAAGCCAAUGUAAAGGACCCCAGUAUACUCCCAGUCGCUGCUGUGGAUCAUUUAAGGAGUUUGCCUGUCCUUACGCAGAUGUGAUAAAUGACUUGACCAAUGAUUGUGCAUCAAUCAUGUUCAGCUACAUUAACCUCUAUGGGAAAUAUCCGCCUGGUCUAUUUGCCAAUGAAUGCAAGGAAGGGAAGCUGGGACUUGCAUGCCCUGCACCAGCACCAUCAGAACUGGCUGCUGACAAUAAUGGGAGUCAGAUCAUGCGUGGUCCGAUUCUCCUGCUGAUUUUCUUAGCUGGUUUCUUAGUGGUGUUCUUUCAAUUACUUUGAAGGCCCCAAAAAUGUUUUUUACCUUUCUUUUUCUCUCCAAUAAUUUCUUUUUAACCUUGGUAGAGAGGAUUUUCGUUGUUUUCUGACGCUGCUAUCUCUAAAACUGCUCAUUUAGGCAUGCUGAAAGAAAUCAAAUUAUUUUUAGGCUUGUAAUCUGCUAGUCCCCAGUGGAAGGGACUAGAGCCCGGUUGUAUCAAGUGUGAAGUUAUGUAUUUUUACCCUUAUAAAUACUUCAAAUUUUAAA